AUGUUGAAUUUCAAUGGAUCAUCAAACAACCAAGUCCAGCUCAUUAGAUAUUACCGAAACAUAAUGCUAAACAACAGUGACUCAUAUUGGCAAAUCAAUCCAAAGAAAAACGGGAUUUCAACGAUAGAAACCAAGAAGAGGGUGUUCAAGGUCUUUAGAACGAGUGAAGAAAUCCAUUUCAUAGAUUAUUUCGAGAAAAUCCCACAAAGAGUUACAGGAAAUUCAUUUGUCAUGCAUGGGCUAGAAAUCAUCACAGGAGCAAUCAAACAAAACAAAUCAUACGUAGAAAUGAAUCAAGAACUAGAAUUGUUGUUGGGCACUUUGUAUGAAAAGUACAAAGAAAUCAAACGUCAACACGACGAAAAAAUGAUUUACACGAAACAAAUGGAAGAGGAUGUCAACGAAAUUGUUCUUGCAAUGAUUCAAAUCACAUUCCCCGUAUAUCUUCUUACAAAGCUCGAUAUCCCAUUUCAAAUGAAGAGGAAUCUAGAAACAUUCUUAUCAUUCAGUGGUCAUCAAAUCAGCGUCUUCUCAGACAUGAUUGACUGGUCAAUUAUUUAUCAAAUGAACUGGUUCAAAACACCAAUCAAUAUCAGACUCUUUAACGACUCGUUCAAUGGGAAGAAGCAAAUCAUCUUAAGAGAAGGGGAAUAUAUUGUCCACAAAGAAUACUUUAAUCCAAGCGUAAGCGUGCCAACACUUGUAUA